GUGGCGCGCGGGGGUUCCUGAGCGUGGACGUGGACCUGUCGGCCCUCGACGUGAACCAGUGCGACCCGGCGCCCGGCCCGCCCUCUCUCUCCGAGGUUUACGCCUUCCGCGGCACGCACAAGUGCCACAACGCCACCACGCAGUGCGUGGCGCGGCCGGGCGCCGGGUGGGUGCGUGGCGGCUACCAGUGCGUGUGCCGCCCGGGCUUCUUCUCACCGCAGCACAAGCCCUUCAACGGAUCCCUCGUCGAAGCGGCGUGGCUGGAGGAGCGGCGCAACGCGAGCGCGGCGUGGAGCGCCGUGUUCCGGUGCGCGCGCUGCGCCCCGGGCUGCGAGGCGUGCGUGGACGCGCGGCCGUGCCUCGCGCCCUACAACUGGGCCUUCCGCGUCGCGCUGCUCGCCGUCUCGUGCCUGUGCGCGCUCACCACGCUGCUGCUCUCCGCCUACGUGUACCGCCACCGCAGGCUCAAGGUCUUCAAGGUGGCCUCGCCCAUCUUCCUCGGCAUCACGCUGCUCGGCUGCGCCAUCAUGUACCUCGAGAUGGCGGCCAUCUUCCCGGUGCUGGACACGUACUCUUGCAUCGCCACUAAGUGGUCUCGCCACUUAGGCUUCUGCGUCACGUAUACUGCGCUGCUCAUGAAAACCUGGCGCGUUUCGCUCACCUACCGCGUCAAGUCAGCCCACAAGGUGAAGCUGACGGACAAGCAGCUGCUGCAGUGGAUGUUCCCCAUCCUGCUGGUGAUGCUCAUCUACCUGGGCACGUGGACGCUGAGCGCGCCGCCGGCCGCCGAGCAGAUCACGGACGCGCGCGGCCUGCGCUUCCGCCAGUGCACGUACAACUGGUGGGACCACGCGCUCGCCAUCGGCGAGGUGCUCUUCCUCGCGUGGGGCAUCCGUGUCUGCUACAAUGUGCGCCACGCCGAGUCGCUCUUCAACGAGGCGCGCCUCAUCACGUACGCCAUCUACAACAUCGCGCUCGUCAACACCGCCAUGGUGGCCUUCCACUUGUUCAUCCUGCCGCACGCGGGACCCGACAUCAAGUACCUGCUGGGCUUCAUUCGCACGCAGCUGUCCACGUCCGUGACCGUGGCGCUGGUGUUCGGGCCCAAGGUGAGCACCGGCUGCCGAUACGGCUUCUUUAGAGGAGAUCCAGAAGCUGGCGGCGCAGAUCGAGUUCAUGAAGAUGUGGGCACAUGGAGGUGCACACCGCACCGCGCCCAGAAACCGGAGGUACUUCAACCGCGGUCGCGUGCGGCAGCCCGCCCCGCGGCUCACGCGGGCACGCCCGGGCAGUCGGCGCCCGGUCCCGCCGGCCCGCCGCCGCCGCCGCGCCCCGCCGCCGCCGGCACGGCGCCGCCGCCGAGGGUCGUGAGCGAGAGUGACUAG